AUGAAACCCCGAAUUCUGUGCUCUCUUCUGUUAGUUCCCUUUACGUUCGUAUUUGCUGCUGUCACUCCUCCACCGAAAGCCGAACCGACUGGUCCGAAUGUCUGUACGGUGCCGACUAUAGUGGACGAGUUUAAGUUGGAGAAAGUGUUCCGGCCUGUUGAAUACACAGAAUACGAGACAUGCUUAGACGUUUCGAAGGGUUUCAGAUGUCCAGUGGUCAAAAAAGGCGGUCGUUACGGUUACGAGAACAAGCUCGUCAAAGUAGAGAAAUAUGUCAAAGCGUGUUGUCAGGGGUACUACCAAACAACGGAGAAUGUCUGCAAACCGGAAUGCGAUCCACCGUGCAAAAAAGGUCGUUGCGUGGCUCCAAAUGUGUGCGAAUGUGAUUCCGGUUAUGGAGGGAAGCACUGCACUUCAACAUGCUCUGUGGGGCUAUGGGGACCGUCGUGUCAACGAAAAUGCGACUGCGAAAAUGGAGCCAAUUGCGAUCCUGAGACUGGCGUAUGUAUCUGCCCUUCUGGUUACCAGGGAGAAAAAUGCGGAGAAGAAUGUCCACCUAAUCGCUAUGGGUCUAACUGCACUGAAAAGUGCCUUUGUCAAAAUGGUGGCAGGUGCGACAAAGAUGGCAAAUGUAUAUGUAUGGAUGGUUUCGCCGGCGAAUUCUGCCUUCGAAAAUGUGACGAGGGCACGUUUGGCGCUAACUGCAAGUUUGAAUGUAAUUGUAAGAAUGGAGCCACUUGUGAUGCUGUUAAUGGACGUUGUCUUUGUGCGUCCGGUUUCACAGGACCAACGUGUGAGGAUACGUGCCCAGCAGGUCAUUAUGGAAAGAACUGCACACAUGUGUGUGAUUGUUUAAAUAACAACAAAUGUGAUCCGAUAAGUGGGAUGUGUUUAUGCGUUGGAUGGAUGGGUGAGAAAUGUGAACGCGGAUGUCCAAAAGGAUUCUAUGGACCAAUGUGCUCCAAAAAAUGCGAUCUUUGCAACGGCAUCUCUUGGGCGGACUCAAACGCAGCAUGCGAUCCAAUAACCGGAGCUUGUAAAUGUGAACGAGGUUAUAAAGGCGCGGAUUGCAAACAACGAGUCUGUGAUGAGGACAUGUAUGGUCUGGAUUGCUCCAAACAAUGCAACUGUAUUAUGGAGAACACUGAGUCAUGUGCUCCGGAUACAGGCUAUUGUAGAUGCAAACCCGGUUAUGCGGGAGAUUCGUGUGAACGAAUUUGCUCCAAACUCUUCUGGGGACGAGAUUGUGGCGAAACCUGUGAGUGUAACUACAAUGUCACUUCCGAAUGCGACUUGAGUAGCGGUAGAUGUAUCUGCUUACCGGGAAGAACGGGGGCGAAAUGUGCUGACGAUUGCCCUGAUGGUUAUUUUGGCAUGGAUUGUGCUUUCAAAUGCCAAUGCGGCGAGAAUGGUGUCUGCGAUAAAAGAAAUGGAUCCUGCAAGUGUCGGAAUGGAUUCCAUGGACCAACUUGUUCGAUUUCUUGUCCGGCUGGUCAUUUUGGAGAAUCAUGUGCUGCCUGCCAGUGUCGAAAUGGAGCUGGUUGCGAUCCGGUUACCGGAGAUUGUCAUUGCGCUGCUGGCUGGACUGGGGCUAAAUGCGAUACUCCAUGUGCUGCUGGCACGUAUGGUCCGCACUGUGCUAUCGCAUGUCGAUGCAAAAAUGGGGCCGAAUGUGACAGAUUCACCGGAGAAUGCAAGUGUCCUCGUGGUUUCAAAGGUGCUGACUGCUCAUCACAAUGUGAGAACGGAUUAUACGGCGAUGACUGUCAGAUGAAAUGUGACUGUAAUGGUGGAAGUUGUCAACAGAAAACUGGAAAAUGUAUUUGUGGUAGUGGACAUCAAGGUGAUCGAUGCGAACGAGAGUGUGACCCCGGUCAUUUCGGUUUUGGUUGCCGUGAGGCCUGUGGGAACUGCAGUAUUGACGGCUUUACGGCUCAUUGUGAUGCGAGAACUGGAGCAUGUCUGAAGUGCCCAAUUGGAAGAUCUGGAAUGAACUGUCAACACAGCUGCGAAGAUGGGAAAUGGGGACAGGAUUGUGCGGAAACAUGCACGUGUGCAGAAGGGCAUAAAUGUGAUCCCGUAACUGGCAAAUGCAUUUGUGAUUACGGAUACACAGGCGAGAAAUGCGAACAAAAGUGUCCCGAUGGUACUUGGGGAUCAGGCUGCGCGAAUAAAUGUCCACCAUGUGCUAAUGGGGCUCAAUGUAACCACAUGGACGGUACCUGCACCUGUCCAGCAGGUUACGAAGGACGGCUCUGCAACCGACUAUGUGUGGCCGGCUUCUGGGGACUUGGAUGCUCGAAACAGUGCAAUUGUGCAUCCGAAUUCAAGCAAUGCGAUCCGCAUACGGGUGAAUGUGCCUGUCCGGCUGGUUGGCAAGGCGAUCGAUGCAAUAAACCAUGCGAAGACGGUUACUACGGGCCAGAUUGUAUAAACAAAUGUAAAUGUCGAGGAACAUCAUCAGCAAGCUGUCAUCGUGUUACGGGUGCUUGUCAAUGUCAUGCGGGAUUUACUGGAGAGUUUUGUCAUGCUUUAUGCCCUGAGGGAACCUUUGGUCUAAGAUGUUCUAAAGAAUGCGGCGAUUGCGGUGUGGGUUACGAAUGCGAUGCGGCUAUAGGAUGUUGUCAUGCAGACCAACUGAGUUGCGGACAAGCAUUGCUGGAAUUCCAACGACAACAAGGAAGUGAAGGCCAUUCACGCACAGGAAUAAUAGCAUUAGCUGUGAUUGUCUUUGGCAUACUAUCUGUGCUACUCGUUUCUAUGAUGCUUUACUAUCGUCGCAAAUACUUCCGAGAAAAAGAACCAGAAGUCCCAACAGUUGUAUUCCACGCUGAAAACCACGAUGAGGGCACGGAGUUCAACAAUCCGUUGUACUCCAGGCAGUCUGUGUUGGAUCCAGACCGCGGUGCAGAAUUCCUCACACCUGAAGAGGAAGCUCUUGAACAAAAGAAGCUUCGUGGUAGAUCACCUGCCGACCGAAUGCAGAACGAAUACGCCUCACUGGAUGAAAUGGCUGGACCGACAUCAUCAUCGCGAGGCCAGUGCACAGUACCCCUUCUGGCAGAUUCCAAUGAGGGCGCAACUGGUAUGGACGAAGGCUAUGAGAUACCACAAUACAUGAAUGGUUUGAAUAGUCCACAACGUCGAGAGAAGGAGAACGAAUUAAAUUCACAUCGUGUUGGGAAUUUCUACUCAUAG